AUGGCAAGUUUGGAGGAGUUCCGGGCGUACCGUUCGCCGCUGAAAGAUUUCUACACGGGAAAGUCGGUCCUGCUCACUGGCGGCAGUGGUUUUCUUGGGAAGCUGUUGAUCGAGAAGCUGGUCAAGUGUGAUGUGGCCGAGAUUCUGUUGAUUCUACGGCAUAAGAAAGGCGUCAGUCCGGCCGACCGACUCGAGCAGUUGCUCGACAAGGAGCCGGUGUUUGUGAACUACGCGAAAAAUCCGCAGUUGUACCUGGCGAAAAUUCGUGUCAUCGAAGGCGACAUCAGUGAGAUCGGUAUAGGUAUGGCCAACGAUGACCUCGCUUACGUGUACGAGCACACCAACAUCAUCGUGCAUGCCGCGGCCGACGUGCGGUUCGACGAGUCGCUGAAGGAAUCGGUGCAGACGAAUGUUCGUGGCACGCAGGAAAUGCUGAUGAUCGCCGAAAAGUGCCGCAAGCUGGAGAUUUUCACCUACAUCUCGACGGCUUUCUCACACUGCGUUUUGAAGCAGAUCGAUGAGACGUUCUAUGAACCUCCGAUCGAUCCGUCGUUGCUGAUCAAGGUCUCGGAGAAGGCAACUGAUGCUGACGACUUCGAGAUGCUGUCGAAAAAGAUCAUCGAACCGUGGCCUAACACGUACGCGUUUACAAAGUCCCUCUCCGAGGAGAUCGUGCGUCGCUACCAGGAAAAGCUACCGAUCGCUAUCAUAAGACCAUCUAUUAUUACCACAACCAAGGAGGAUCCUAUCGCCGGAUGGACGGAUAACUUGUACGGCUUCAAUGGGGUCGUGUGCGGUGCGGCUACCGGAGUGCUUCGGAUAUUCCACAUUCACAUGGACUACAAAGCGAGUAUCGUGCCAGCGGACACGGUGAUCAACUCGACGCUGGCGAUCACCUGGUACGCGGCGACCCAUCCCGGCCAGGAGCACGUGUUCAACUGCACCACCGACGACAAUCCAGUCAGCUGGCGCGAGACGCAAAGCCAACUGGAGCAAUGGAAGGAUCGGAUCGCGUUUGAUAAGUCCCUCUGGAUCACGACCUACAACACCACCCGCUACAAGCUAGUGGCGGACGUGCUGGCCAUCUUCUACCACCUCCUGCCGGCGCUCCUGUUCGACGCCGUACUGAAGCUGCGAGGCCAGCGGCCCCGCGUCUUGAAGCUCUACCAGAAGGUGCACCGGUUCUCGGCCGUUCUGCGCUUCUUCACCAACAACGAGUGGCGCUUCCGGAAUGGGCGUAUGCGCGCCGUGCUGGAUGCGCUGGCAGCCGACGACCAGCGGUUCUUCCCGUGCGAUCCGAAGGCGAUCGUGUGGAACGACUUCCUCGAUGACCAGAUCAAGGGCUUGCGGCUGUACUUGAUGCGCGAUCCCUGGAGUACGCUCGAGUGGACGAUGCCCCGACACCGGCGACGUACCCUGGCACAUCGCUGUCUGCUCGUUUUGCUAUACGGAGUGCUUUUUUGUCUGAUAGUGAAGAUACUGCACUUUUAUGGGUUAUUGAAUUUCGAGGGUUUGCACGAAAUUUCUGUAGAUGAAGUAGAAACGCAGGCAGCCUGA